GAGAUUAGUCAAUUAUUCCGAGACUUAUGCGCCCCCACUAUCAAAGCGAGUGACAUAGAUCGCUUGGAUAAGAAUAUAGCUGAGAUCUUGUGCAAGCUAGAGAAGAUUUUUCCACCUGCAUUUUUCAACUCAAUGGAACACUUGCCAGUUCAUCUUCCACAUGAGGCAAAGGUUGGUGGUCCCGUCCAGUACAGGUGGAUGUACCCAUUUGAAAGGUUUCUUAACCAUUUGAAGCGUAAGGUUGGAAAUAAGGCACGUGUAGAAGGCUCCAUAUGCAAUGCUUACCUAAUGGAGGAGAUUUCAACUUUUGUUCCCACUAUUUUCAACCUGAGGUUGACACCAAAGCAAGGGAUCUAGGAAGAAAUGUCCAUUCGGUUGUUGAGAACCAACAUGACGUUAAUAUCCCCGAGAUGUUCAGGGUUGAUUGUGGUCGUGCACCUACUAAUGGCCGUUUGCGCUUCUUGCAAGACAUGGAGUAUGAUCGAGCACAUCUUUAUGUGCUUGCAAACAGUGGCAUCUUAGGUGAAUAUGAAAGGAAAUUUGAGGAGCACAUUCUCCAAACUCAACCUCACAUAGUAAUGGAGGAUAUUUGGAGUAAAUGCGAAGCCCAGUUCCCUGAAUGGUUUAAAUCACAUGUUCUCCGGUCUUUGAGUCCUAAUGAUGUGACACGGGCGCUUGCGAUGGGCCCCUCUAGACAAGUAAGGACAUGGAGCCGGUUCUAUGCGAAUGGAUAUAAUUUUCAAACUCAUGACUACGGCAAACACAAGUCAACUAUGAAUUAUGGAGUGUGUGUACAAAGUCCUGAUGAAGUUGACUACUUUGGCAUUUUGGAGGAGGUGGUUGAACUUUCUUAUUGUGGUAAGCUUCAACAGUACAAGACAAUCUUGUUUAAGUGCAGCUGGAUGGAUUCCGUGAAGGGUAUGAACAUUCAUGAACAAUACAAACUUGUUGAGGUCAAUCAUUCUAAGAGAUACCCAAAGUAUGACCCGUUUGUAUUGUCUUACCAAGUUAGUCAAGUAUACUUUGCACACUACCCCAGUUUGAAGAGGGAUAAAGCCCAAUGGUGGGCUGUGUUUAAAACUAAGGCAAGGUCUGUGAUUGAUGCUCCGGUUGACUUAGACUUUCUACAAGAAGAUGCAAAUGAGGUUUCUUCAGCUCUUUGUGCUCCAGAUGAGAUCCCAGAUUAUGAAGAUCAAGAUGAUGAUGAUGAUGAUGACGAUAUUAAUGAUGGUGAGGCUGAUAGUAUGAGUGAUGAGGAUGAGGAUGAUGAAGAUGAGGAUGAGGAUGAUGGUGAUGAUGACAUUGAUGAUGAUGAUGACGAUGGUGAUGAUGAUGAUGAUGAUUCUGAUGGAUACGACGAUUAA